CGAGUGACUGCAAUGUGCGCGCGAUAAAUAUUUUGCUCGGCGGCGGCGACGGUGACGGCAACGGCAACACCCUUGGCGGCAUCGCCGGUGCGCAAGCGGACCCGAAGUCCACCUGAAUCCUUUUACGGCGAUGCAACUCUUUUGACACGCUCCCCUCCAAAAGCCCUGGGAUUACCCGGCAGCAGGAGACAAGCAUCCCCCCUGGUCAGCACAAGAUGGAGGACGCAAGCCGGGAAGGACUGGCCUGGGACGACAACGGCCUGGGGCCUGAGCCGCGAUGGACCCGUGAACCGGAUAUCAAGGCCGUGGAACGCGUUUGCCGUCGGCAGUUGGGCAUCCCCAACGAUGGCCCAGGGAGCGAAUUUGCUGUCGCCUUCCACGCCGAUGGCACCUUCAACAAGCUGUAUCGAAUCCAGAGUUCUCGUGGUCGGUUUAUGCUGCGAGUGUCGCUUCCUGUAGACCCCCACAACAAGACACGUGGGGAGGCCGCGACGCUUCAGCUGGUCCGUCGCAUCACCGACAUACCCGUCCCUGCAGUCGUGGCCUUUGACGACUCGAGGGCCAGUGAAAUUGGUUUCGAGUGGCUCCUGAUGAACAUGGUGCCGGGGACGCCAGCGUACUACCGUUGGCGCAUCAUGUCCAUGGAGCAGAAGGAGAGGCUUACUGCUCGGGUUGCAGAUUUUCAGGCCCAACUCUUCCGCUGCGGCAAUCUUGGACGCGGCUUCAGGGGUAUCGGGACGCUGGGGACUUCGGGUGAUCUUGACCGGGAUGGGUUUCCUGAGCCUGGCCAGAUUGUGUCCGCAUUCUUCUUCUCAGGGAAGCGCUACCAGUAUCCCAUUCCCCGUGGUCCAUUCCGGUCGAGCCAUGAUUGGCUGCGGGCGCAUCUCAACAUCAUCAUUCGAGAGAACACGACAGCUCUCGCUGAGGCUAGGGACGAGGAGGCCAGGCAGUCCGCCGAGGCAGCGCUCCGUGUUGCCCGCAAGCUGCUGCGAAUGCUGCACAAGCUCUUCCCGGCCAUUGUCAACCCGCCUGAGCGCACGGUGCUCUGGCACGAAGAGCUCUCGCUCAAAAACAUCAUGGUUGACGGCGAAGGGGGCAUUACCGGCGUCAUAGGAUGGGAGUGCACCUCAACAAUGCCCCGGUGGGUGGCCUCUCAGGUGCCUGAGUUUCUGCGCGGCGCGACGCGAGAGACCAAGCCGGAUCGCAAUUGCUACACAGACGUCGACAAAGACGGCAGCGAUGCUAAUGAUGCCGAACUGGAUGACAACCUUGACAACGAGGGCAAGACGGAGCUCUACUGGAUUCACCUGAUGGAGUACGAGCAGACGCAGCUCCGUAAGGUCUAUGCAGCGCGCAUGCGCCAGCUUCGCCCAGAGUGGGAUAUCGAGGUCGAGGAAGAUGCGCUCAAGGUCGAUUUCCUCGCCGCCGCCUUGCGCUGUGGAGCUGGGUUCUACCUCCGGCGCAUCGAGCAGUGGAUCGACGCGGUUGAGAGGAAGGAGUUUCUCCCUCUUAUGGAGGUGCUGAGAGUCGGCAUCAAGAAGGACAAGGAUAAGGCGACUAGUAAGCCGGCGACUUCGAAUGCCCUUACCUUGGCGAGCAGGUUGUCUUAGGAUAUCCUCGCCCCCGAAUUGGACGAAACCGAUGACACUCGUGUGAUCGAACAUCCCUGAAUAUCUCACGUUUGCCACGUUCCCGUCAAGACCCCAUCCACCAACUUGCAACAUUCGGUUUUUACACGGAUUCUUGAACGCACCAUGCCCUAUACCCCCAACUAAGGCCGGGUAGUACCUAGAUCGAAGUCGGCUAGUGUCUGUUUGCACUGCCAAAUAGCUCCCAUGUUGGUACUUGGUGCAGCAAGCAACGAUCAACCAUCAAAACCCGCU